ACUAAGCAGCAUCUUUGGGACGCCUCGAGUCAAUGAAUUUGUGUCUCCCCCGGCUUUCCUUGACGAUAAUUAACAGUGACUACCUUGCCUGUAUUCUGACUCAUGUCCAUCCUGGGUCUGGAACAAUUACGAUUGAGAAUCACUAAUGCUCUCCUAUAUAUUCACGGGCGCUGGUGGUGAUAUAGUAUCCGCUUAUCAAGCCUUAGAUUUAUAAAGGCCAGCGCCAAAACCUAUUGCGACCGAUUUCCCCGAUGACUUCUACCCCUACCCAUGAGCUUAUCGACAAGCUUCACCUCGUCAAGCAUCCCGAAGGCGGCUACUAUGUCGAGACGGAUCGGCAGGAAGGCAAAGUACCGUCUCCGUUCGCCGAUAACGCCCCUCGAUCACUCUCCACCUCGAUCUACUACCUCCUCACAGCCGACAGUUCCGAAGGCGUCAUCCACAUGAAUAAAUCCGUGACAUAUCAUGUCCUGCAUCAAGGACGCGCAGAGUAUACUCUCAUCACGCCUCGUCCAGGCGCGCCUCCGAAGAUAGAAACAGCAAUUAUGGGCACGGAUGCAGAUAAGGGAGAAACUAGGCUCCUCCUUGUGGGCUCAGGAGUUUGGAAAAUGUCGCGUCUCCUUCCCGAAGACGUUGAAGAUAAGGAAAAGGCCAGAGUAGGUUGCUUGAUUACAGAGGUCGUAGUUCCCGGGUUUCACUGGGAGGAUCACAAAUUUCUGACCAUGGACGGCCUCAUGGGUCUAUGCAAGGGUUUCGACAUAGAUAAGGAGCUUAUGAGCCGUUUAGCGAGGUCUGUAAGAAGGGCAUGAAAGGUACAACGAUCAUUGAUUCCACCCAAUUUACAUACCCUUCAUACCUUUUGUCGGUUCAAAACUUAGUCUGACUUAGAAAGCACAAGUGUUAAUAAUAAUACUGAACG